UCGGAAGCGAGGCUAAGUGAAAAUUGCCCUUCGCAAUAAUGCAGAAAAACAUAAUUUAACAACUUUAAACUCAGCCGAUAUGAAGGUAUUUACAAACUCUAAUUUUAUUUCUAGGAAUAUAGCAACUGCAGCUUCAACGCGUAUUUCUCCUUCAUCCAGAGACAGAAUUUCUUUGUUAUGGCAAGGGAGAUCCAGCAGCCUAUUUUGCUUAAAUUGUGGUCACAGAAAACUUUUAAAUCAAGUAUCAACGAAAGUCAACGAUUUUAACAGUGUUUCAGAUAAGAGGAUUUACUUUAGUACUAGCUUUGUAAAAUAUAUGGCAGGACAUAGUCAUUGGGCAAAUAUAAAAUUCAAGAAAAUGCAUAAAGAUGCAGAGAGAAGCAAAAAAUUCGGGAAGUUGUCUAUGGAGAUAAUACAAGCAGUUAAAGAAAAUGGACCUGAUCCUAUUUCAAAUUCAAAGCUGGAUGGAAUAAUUUCAAGAGCAAAAGCUGUUAAGAUGCCAAAAGACAGCAUCGAGUCUGCAAUCAAAUCAGGGCUACGUGUUGGUAGUGAGGCAAAAGUUCAAUUGUCACUGGAAAUAAGAGGUCCUGGGAGGUGUGCAGUUUUACUUGAUGUUCUUAGCUCAAAUAUAAAAAGGACACGGCCUGAGCUUAAUACAAUACUAAAAAAAUAUGGGGGAAUACAGAGCGAGGAAGGAUCUGUUUCUUUUAUGUUCCAACGCAAAGGUAUUGUGACAGCAGAGAGAAGUAACAAUGACGAUGCUAGUGUAAACAGAGUCGAGGAUGCAGCGAUUUUGUGUGGUGCAGAAAACUUCUAUUUCGAUACUGAUGAAGACGGCAAUGAUGUGAUACGUUUUGUGUGUGCUCCCUUGGAUUUUGGCGCAGUGCAAAACUCACUUUGUUCGGAGCACGGUUUUCAUGUCAUUUCUGCGAACGAUGAGCUUGUCGCUGUAAAGUUGGUGGAUCUUGAUGAGAACCAAAUGCAGCAAGCAGACAAGUUGAUUGAUCAGCUAAGUUCUCAUCCUGAUGUUAUGAGAAUUUUUGAUAAUAUAAGAAACUACCCAAGCUCAACAUUAAAACGAGAUAACCCCUUUUAAUAUAGAAAAGGAAAUGGCUUAUUUCUAAUAAUGGUUUUUUUGUUAAUUGAUUAUUGCUAUUUCUGAAAGAAUGAGAUUUUCAUGAUGUAGACUGUUUGAAUUUUACUGCAUAGGUGAGAAAAAUUUUUAUGACUUCUAAUUGGUAGAAUUUCCAUUGAACAUUUUUAAACCAACCUUUUUAAGUGUUUUUUAAGUAAAAA